UCCGCCGCCGCGACCCCCUCUCCUCCUCCGCCGCGACCCCCUCUCCUCCGCCGCCGCCGCCGCUACCCCCUCCAAGAGUGAUCAACAGCGCCAUCCCGCUCUUCCAGAUCCGCCGCCCUCCAUGAGUAAUCAGCAGGACCGCCCUCCUCAUCACCUAAAUGCUGCCGCGCCGUCAUUCACACCCGGACGCCUCCAGCGGCCGGAUCCGCCGGUCUUGCAACCCCAUCAUGCGCAGCCCCAGCAUGCGCAUGUGCCGGGGAUGGUCUACCCCUUCGGGAACAACUACAGCAACCCGUACGGGCACAAUGCGUACGGCGCCUACUUCCACCAGCAGCAGCAGCAGCAGCAGCCACAGCCAAGAUACAACCGAAGAUGUUUACACUUUGGUGAUUUAUCAGAUCCACCAGGAACGUCGCCUACCCAGCAGCAGCAGCACUUGUUCUCGUCCGAUUCAGCAGCAGCAGCAGCAGCAACAGCAAAAGAAACUGCUUCAGAAACAUCAUUGGAUCAGCAAGAUCAGCCUCUGAAGCAGCCCCCAUCAGGCUCACCAGCAGCAGCAGUCUCUCAGCAAGUUGGCCAACCUCUGCUAGAUUUACCACCAGCAGCAGCAACAUCAGGCUCACAGCACGUUGACCAGGCCUACUCAGUAUCACCACAACCACCACCAGCAGGAGAUCCGGUGUCAUCAUCCAAGGAGGGGCAGCAAGUUCCUGAGGUUAAUGGUAAAUACAUAAUUGAGAUGAACCUGCCGAAACACGUGGAGGAGUCAAAUCUCUGCUUCAUGUUUAGCAAAGACCCUCAGCAUGUUCUGAAGCAGGGUAAAAGAGGUAGAGUGGAGUUUCCCAGCCGCAAGGAUGCAGAUGAGGCAAGAGCAAGAUGGGCCAUUACAGAGAAGUUCUCCCAGAGGGAUCCUAAAGACCGUACUAAGAACUUUGCAACAUAUCCUUAUGGCCGGAUGCAUCCCAUCGAAGGUUCCAUAGGCCCUAAGCCAGAGAGAGUCAACACUCGAGUCAACAAGUUGAAUAAACCAAAGCCAGAACAUGAUCCACUGAAGUUUAGGGCGAUGGUAACAGACAUAUAUGACUGGUGCCGCAUUGAUAAGUACGCAAAGGAAUGCAAUGAUAAUGAGCUAGUAAGACCAUUUAACUUCAAUGCAGCUGCGGUCCGUGGGUCUACCAGUCCUGACAUAACACUCUGUGAGGAAGGGCCUAUUGGAAACCACGUGUUCUUUAACAUAUUACUGCAUGUAUUCGCGGCACAUCUCACCGGAAGAACGUGGCAAGGAAAGUUCAGCAAGAAGCAUCUGCGAAUAUCAAGAAACCAACUCAUGUGUGCCAUCCUGAUGAGAACUGUUCCGCUAACUCGCGAGGAAGAGAUCCUUGAUGAUAUCUUAAGGAUCAUAUCAUUGCUGAAACCAGUCUAUACAAUAAACGACUGCCUCCCGCCACACUAUGCUGAGAUGCUCUCCAUCUUGAAGAAGCCACCAAGGCGAAGCAAUCCGAAUAUAUUCAAUGGAAAAGAAUUGGUUAAAUUCCAAGAGAGGGUUUUGAAGAGGCCAGCGUUCUCUACUCCUGAAGGGAGGACCCAUGUUGUUCAAGAGUUCUAUACAAACUCUCUGGAAUUUGUUGACUCUCAGUGGACAGCAUUUGACAAUUCCGCACCAGUGCACCUAGAAGACUGGAAGCACAUCCCAAAAGUUGAUAAACGUCUACUUAAAGUCUUGAGAGAGAGUCAUGGCAUGGAGGGCAAAAAUGCAGGCAAAUUCGGGAAACAGUCCCUAUACAUGCGCCACUCCAUGGUGCAUUUACCUGAUGACAGGGAGCGCAAUUAUGGGGAGUUACUUGCUGCACAAAAGGUGUUGGCGAGUGCACGGGGAGAUGUCUCUCCGCACCCUGGAGCUUUGGCGGCGGCAGCAAUUCCUGGUAGCUCCUCUCCGGCAGCUCCCCCCGGUCCACGUCCCCAGCCUAGCAGCAGGGCCGAGAAAGAUGUCUCUCUCCACUCUGGAGCUUUGGCAGCAGCAGCAGCGGGUGCAAUCCCUUGCAGCGCCUCCUCUCCGGCAGCCCCCCCCUAUUACCGUCCCCAGCCAACAAGCAAAGACACAAUAUGGGGUGGAAUCCUCGAUCAAGCUCUUGAUGAUAAAACCCCCAGCAGCUCCUCCCCAGGUCCUGAUGUGCCAAAGGUUUCCUUCACAUUACGGGAGAGGGAUAUGAUGGGAUGCUACUAUUUUAGGGAUUUUAUGGAAACUUUUGUGGACAUGAUGUAUGAACAAAAAGACAAACAACUGUGGCUAGGGGAAAUUGUCAAGUCGUACGAGAGAUCAUUGCCAAAGCACGGGUACAUUCCGCAUGAGAGCAUACCUGAGAGGUAUAUGCUUGAAGAAGGUGAUGAAGACGAGGAAGAAAGCUAGACUGGGACAAGUACUUUGAUGCACAUCAUUUCCAUCUAAUGAGUUGACACGUGCAUGUGUUAUCCUUUAUUUGCAGAAAAAUUGUGACAUCCUCUUGAUUCUGACCUCUUAUGUCAAACAUGUUAGACAAUUUUGUAACGCCAGAUUUGAUCCAUUUUCUGGAGUGAGCUAUUAAUUGUGUUGUCAUGCCAUAUUUUGGUUUAUAAUGAGUAAUCUAUGAUGAUUGAUGUGUU